GAAGAGUUUCAGGUCUCAAACUGAUUAAUGGAGGAGGAGAAAGCUGCUGCGUAUUACGACGAGCUCACGCGCAAAGGUGAAGGUGCCGCGAGAUUCAAGCAAGGCCUCGGAUUCUCGUCGCAGUCUUCAGAUACCACAACCGACACUGCUCCUGCGAGAGGUUAUGCUCUUCCAUCAUCGUCUGCCUUCCUUAGCAACUUCGUUAGGGCUUCUAGCCCAGGGAAAACUUCAUUGCUAGAGAAACAAGCACAGCUCGAAAGCAUUCAAAACAAGCUCAAGAAGAAACAGAGCUCCGAACACGAGCCAAGGAUAUUGGAUCAUCGCAGCAGGGAUGAUUCGAGGAAGAGUCGGCGUCGUUCUUCUAGUAGGGAGAGAGGCCGACAUUCGAGGAGGAGGAGUAGAAGUAGAGAUGACCAUGAUUCUAGGCGUCGAUUUCGUUCUUCGAGCCGGGAAAGAGAGAGGGACAGAAGAAGUGAGAGAAGGAGGAGAAGCAGGUCUGGG